CGAAAAAAUAGUGCGGUAGUGUAGAUUUCAUGUUAAUUAUUUAUACUAGUACCAUUCCUCUCGAAUUAAACUAUGUCGUCUCCAGAAGCAAGGCUAGAUCUCUACGAUGAAGGUCUGGAAUCGCCCUCCGAAUUAAUGGACGGGGAAAUGACCGUUUCUGUUAUACAGCGAAACACGACAAAUCCUGGCGCACCGAAUUUCAAUACCCUCGAUGAACCGAUCAGAGACACAAUCAUGCGUGACGUAAAAGCUGUCGGUGUCAAAUUCUACCACGUCCUCAUACCAAGAGAGAAAAACACGCUUCUAAAAGAAUGGGAUCUCUGGGGACCGCUUGUACUGUGCACUUUUAUGGCCACAAUCCUUCAAGGAACUUCCGACAGUAUGGAGGAUGGAGGACCGGAAUUUGCACAAGUAUUUGUUAUUGUGUGGAUCGGUGCCAUGAUUGUAACGCUUAACUCAAAGUUGUUGGGAGGAAAUAUAUCGUUCUUCCAGUCAGUUUGUGUCCUGGGUUACUGUCUGACACCGUGCGCGUUAGCUCUGUUAUUCUGCCGGAUAGUGCUACUUGCCAACCAAACAACGUUCCUUUUCUUCGUUCGUUUUCUGUUAGCAGGAGCCGGUUUCGCCUGGGCUACUUAUGCUUCUAUAAUUUUCCUGGGCGACAGUCAACCACCGAAUCGGAAAGCUCUGGCCGUGUACCCCAUAUUUUUAUUCUAUUUUAUUAUAUCUUGGCUAGUAAUUGCGCAUAGUAACGUGUAAUGCGUCUUGAAGCUGUGCUAUGAUUUCCUAUGUGAUGGACGCAGAUAGCAAACCAUGAGCAGUGACUGAAACAAGGACAAACGAUGUCCAAAGUGUACUUUCUGAUCGACUGUUUCGCGCCAGUGCGUACUGUACGGCACUACGAGUAGUCUAGCGGAAUGUACAGCUGACAUCACGGCCAGCACAGUUGCAGGUUAAAAUUAACGAACAAGUGGGAAAAAAUUAAUAAUCCACUUAGACUAAUUGCUACUGUACGAAUGCUUGAAUCACCUUUUGUAUUAUACAACU